CAACUUCCUUUUCCCCAUACCUUUCAGACGGUGUGGUGCAACUUGUUUUUGGUCGUGUCCAGCUGGACUCAUCCAACACCAUAUCCGUCAUCUAGAUAUUGAAAAAGUAACAAGAAAAAAGUAAAGAUGGGUCCUAAAUUCGAUCCAACCGCUAUUACGAUCGUGUAUGUGAAAGCAGUUGGAGGUGAAGUUCCAGCCACUUCAUCCUUGGCUCCUAAAAUUGGUCCUCUGGGUUUGUCUCCAAAGAAGAUUGGUGAUGACAUUGCCAAAGGCACAGCAGAUUGGAAAGGCCUAAAAAUCACGGUUAAGCUUGUGGUCCAGAACCGUCAAGCCAAGGUAGAAGUGGUGCCUAGUGCUUCUUCACUCCUCAUCAAGAGCCUGAAGGAACCACCCAGGGAUAGAAAGAAGGUUAAACAUGUCAAGCACAGCGGAAACCUCUCUAUGGAUGACAUUAUUGCUAUUGCACGUCAAAUGCGUCCAAGGAGUAUGGCAAAAAAUCUCGCUGGUACCUGUAAAGAAAUUUUAGGUACUGCCCAGUCAGUUGGGUGCUCUGUAGAAAGAUGUCCACCUCAUGACAUAAUUGAUAAAAUCAAUUCUGGAGAAGUGGAAGUACCCGACGAAUAGACUGGACGUAUACUGUAAAAUAAGUAAAUUAAAAAACUGAAAAAACCUA